AUUAAUUACCUCUUGCGUAAGUCAAUGGUCAACAAGCUCAAAGUAGCAUUAAAAAAUCACAUGGUACGUUUUCUUUCUCUCCCAUAGUUAAUUAGCGGGUCAUCGCGCGAACGGAGUAGCCGUCAUUAAUUAAUCACGUCGGCCGAUCUUGUUAACGCGGUGAGUAAACAAUUCGAUAAAAGUAUAGGAAUCGACGGGUGUGUACGUGACUCGUUGCAGCGAUGCCGCCCGUCGCGAGACAAUAUGCCGAAUGAAAGAGCGGGAAGCGCGUGCCUCCAGAAUACAUACCGGGUGUAAUUCGAGCGAAUACUCGCGCAAAUCACAAAUACGAAAUGUCUUUACAUUUUUUUCUUUCUUGGAAGUGGACAUUGAUAGAAUUUGAAAUUAAAAGAGCAGUACAAAAAUAAUCUCUUCUCAAUGAUUUGUAAAUUUAAAUACUUGUAAAACUGAUGUUGCCGGCAGCAACGAAAGGAGAAACACUAGACACUCUCUGAGAUCUGUAUGUAAUGGCGUCUAGAUAUCCCAGGGAAGGAAGAAACGACCGGAUCGGAUUAAUUCCAUCUGUGAAAGGUCAAUCAGAUGUAGCUUCCGUGACAGGAAUUGCGGAUGAGGUCAACGUUCGUGCGAAGUCACGGAGUGAAGAAGACAUCGUCCUUACUAUGCAUUACCUCGGAAUUAAAUAAGUUCGAUGCUUUAGCUCGGAAUCCCAUGGUCGGAUAAAUUUCCUUUCUACAACUCUCGAAAGCCCAUUGAAAGUCAAAGUGCUUAUUUAAUUUUGUUAUUUUGCGUUUAAUGAGAUUUUAAUAGCGAUCUUUCUCAAUAUAUCCCAUUAUAUCUCAAUAAACAUCUUGUUGUUGCCUUUGUCAUUGAUUGCAGAAUAACAAGCUCAGCUAUUGCUCAGCUUCUCGAAAUCAACAAUGACUCAAGUUACUUCGGGGCAGAGAAGGGAUGUUGACCGUCAUACCCUUUUCUCCAGGGACAUGUGACGCAAUGAUGGAUUGCUCGGAAGACGAUUUUCAUGGUCUUGAUCCACUCGGCUCGUAAUCCGCGUAGACCGUGAAUUAUUAGCUUUCGGAGCGGAUUACUUAUUGUUAGCGGAGCUCUGAGCGUAUCUGUAUUUCGUCCAAGCAAGCAACUCGCGUAAUCCGCCUGUUACGUAAAUCGCCGCGGAUCACCGUGAAAUGAAUCGGAAACCCACGAGAGCGUGUACUUCAACAAGCGUUCCGUAAAAAGGGUACAAGAGGCCGCAUUGUUUUUCCAACCACCGAGUACAUAGCGACACUAAUUCGAUUUUAUUGACGCGAGCACGCUCUCUCGCUCACGCGACAUGCCUCCGCCUUGCGAGCACGUGGUCGCCACGCGGUGCGAGCAUGUGCGAGGCUGCGAGCUGCGGGCGCGUGAAUCAGAAAUACACUAAUGUAAGAGCAGUAUUCCGUCACUACAUUGAUGACAUUCGUCGAUAUCUCAUUUAUUAAGCAGCACUGUAGUUUAGAUAUCUAUGCAAGGUAGGCAAGUUGAUGGAAUAUUUGUAGAUACUAAUUGUUUGAAAUAUAUAUCGAUGCUGUUAACAUUAUCGCAAAUAAUAUUUUCAAUUUAGGAUGUUGAGAAACGUCAAAAUACGGAAUAUCUUUAUAAAAAUGAUAUUUUAUACAUAUAUGUAACUGUUAACGUGUUAGAUGCAUCUUGUUGUUUGCUUUCGUGCGUUGAAAAGUGUCUUAUUAGAUAACGUUGCAUCGGAUAAGCGUGCUAAGAAAUUAAUCGCUAUCAUAGCUUCCACUCGUUUAAAAUGUAUGGAAUUUUAUUAGGUAAUUAUAUCUGCUGUAACUAACGCAAGAUAUUUCUUAGUAAUUUUGAAUAUUGAUGAAUGUUGAAUGCAAAAAAUAUAAAAUGUCUCUACAGAUGCUUUUUGCACACCACGUGUGACGUCGGAUGAAUCGGCAAGAUACGAAGUAUGCGAAGUACGCGCACCGCGAUAUUAGAACUUGCGAGAAGCCGAACACGUAGAUUUCUAUAAGACCGGCCUUGCAAUUUUGUAUUAUUCGAAUUAUUCGAACUCGUAAAUAUCUUUGUGUUAGAAAAAUUGCAGUAAAAAUAAAGCAAAUAAUAAAAUACUCGACGCGGUUUCUCUUUAAUAUCGAUCGCUCUUUUUACAUACUUACUGGAUUAAUGUUUCUGUGUAAUCGAUGUUUUCUGGAUUAAUGAUUUAAUUACAUUAAAUUUAAUAAGCUUCUUAUAUUGAGUAUUAAUAAUUCAAGAAUAAUAAAUAUUUUAAUAAUAAAAUAAAUAUUAAAAUAAUAAUCUUUAUUUCAAAACCUGUGCAAUAGUAGCUUCCCUUUUUUACAUGUGUUAAGAAAAUAAUUCUAGGAUAAUAUAUGUGUAAUCUAUAAUAUACAUAAUAUCCACUGCGAUUUCCUUGCGAUUUGCUCUUUUUAAUCCAAUGCAGAAAAAGUGUGUCACGUACCCGACUUACGUUCACGUGCUACCAGUUAUCCACGUGAACGCAAUAAGCCGGGUAAAUGUCGCACGUAAAAGCCGAUCAGAGGCUUCAUUCAACUGGUGUGUUGCUUGUUAAAUCAGAUUAAAACAAUGUCAAAGGGAUGGAAUCGCGUUUUAAAAUCACCGGAGCUGCAUGUUGCGUCGCCAUUCGUUGUGUGCACACUGUGAACAAUGGAUUUUACCCAGAUGAGGGUUCGUCAAAUACUCUCGUCGAUCUUAAAACCGCUCGCGUCCGUAUCGACGACGAACGUUACCACAGACGAAGAAGAGGAAGAUGACGCGUGACAAAAGUCUUAACAAAGUUGUGUCAAAAUUCGUGAUUCUUAAGCAAAUCUUAAGAAUGAAGAAAUCAGAUUUUAACUUCAUUAUGUAAUGUAUGCACAUCACAUAAGUGAAGAUUAGCGAGAAAUAAUAUUGUGUCAGCAAUUUUAUGUGAUAACUAUUAUCGAGACAAACAGUAAACUUCAUCUCGAGUAUUGUAUCAAAGUACAUUUAUCUCGAGUAUUAGAUUAAAGUACGUAGUAGAACUUCAGAAAGAUAUUUGCUCUUACGCAGUAAUCGAAUCCAUACGCGAAAGAGAGAAGUUUAACAAUGAAGUGCGUUAACUAUUUUAUGACACCGCGCGAUGGGCCGUCAAACGUGUUGGACAAUUUCGAAGAUACGAAACGUGGGAGUCUGUUGGAAUCGACAUUUAACUGUGACAAAAACGAGAAUGAAAUAUCAAAUGACGCGCAACAUAAACGUGACACGUAUUACUAUGCCAAUUGCGAUUCCUCGGUGUGGAUGAGGAGCUGCGAGCACGAGGUGAUCGAACCCCUUAGAAGCGGUACAAUCCGUGGCAGCAUCCCCAAAUGGUUGAAGGGUGUCCUGUUGCGCAAUGGUCCAGGCAAUCUCAAAGUGGGCGAAUACCGCUAUCAGCAUCUGUUUGAUAGUUCCGCUUUAUUGCACAAAUUCGCUAUCGCAGAUGGUGAAGUCACCUAUCAGCGACGGUUCGUCCAGACCGAAGUGUACAAGAGGAAUAUGGCAGCCCAGAGAAUAGUCUUCUCCGAGUUUGGUACCUCCGCAACGCCGGAUCCUUGUCAGAGUAUUUUUCACAGGGUGGCCACAUUGUUCAAUCCAGGCGCGAAGAUGUCGGACAAUUCCAUGAUUUCGAUAUAUCCAUUCGGCGACGAAUAUUACACAUUUACGGAAGCGCCAGUGAUGCACAGGAUUGAUCCGAAGACUUUAGAAACGACAGGCAGGAUAAACGUGUCCAAAUAUGUCAACAUUGUAAAUCACACCUCGCACCCUCACGUUAUGGCCGAUGGUACAAUUUACAAUGUAGGGAUGAGCAUAACGCCAUUGGGGCCUCGAUACAAUGUCGUGUGCUUCCGUCCGAAUUGCGUGAUUACUGAUGAUUCUGAAAAGAAGAAGCGCUCUAUGUUCGAUGAAGCGACGAUCGUGGCCAGCGUACCAAGCAGAUGGCUGCUGAAUCCAUCAUAUAUGCACACAUUCGGCAUCACCGAGAAUUACUUCAUCAUCGUAGAGCAACCACUGGCGAUCUCCUUCGUCGAGAUGGCAUUCGCUUACAUUAAGCAGAAACAGAUGAUGAAUUCUUUCAAGUGGCACGAAAACGAAAAAACGCUUAUUCACAUACUCUCAAGAGAAACGGGUCACACGGUAAGAACAUUCGUCGCCGAGGUGUUUUUCUACCUUCACAUUAUCAACCAAUUCGAGACUCGUGGCGGCGAAUACAUUGUAUUGGACAUAUGUUGUUACCGGGAUCCGAAGAUGUUGGAGUAUAUGUACAUCGACUCAAUGAAGAACAUGCACAACGAUGCUGAUUUUGCGCGACUGUUCCGUGCCAGACCACUGCGCUUCAUCUUGCCGAUGAAGCACUCAUGUUCUGAUAUACCCACAGAAUACGAUUUCAUUGCAACCUUAGAAUUAUCUAAUGUCGUCACGAUAAAUUCGGACAAUACGGAUAAUAAAUCCGUCCACCGUGAGAUGAACUUUGAGAUUACGAACGAUUCGAACAUUGUCGAGUUGCGUGAUGGGGCUGAACAAACAAGCGUUUCAAAAGGGAAUGAGCACAAAAGUGCCUUGAGAAUAAGGCCGAUUGCUCAGCGUCUUCCCGAUAAUAGCAUAUUCGUGAAGCCGGAGCUGUUAUGCGAUGUCGGCUGUGAGACCCCGCGAAUAAACACCGACUCUUAUCUAGGCAAGGAAUAUCGGUACUUUUACGCCAUCAGCUGCGACAUGGAUCUGGACAAUCCCGGGACGCUCAUUAAAGUCGACACUUUUCAAAAGACCAAGAAGAUGUGGCAGGAGAAAGGCAUUUAUCCUAGUGAACCGAUUUUCGUGCCGGAUCCCAAUGGGAAGAACGAGGACGACGGUGUGGUACUGAGUUCUCUCGUUUGGGCGAAAGAGGAGACUCGAGUCGGUCUGCUGAUCUUGAACGCCGUGACAUUCACAGAAAUCGCGAGGGCUACUUUUGAUACGCCCGGACCGGUGCCUAAAUGUCUGCACGGUUGGUUUAGUCUGGACAAAUAAUCGAAUAUGAUCACGCUAAGUCGAAUGUACAAUGUUAUUUCGAUCGAAUAAAACGGGCUCGUUCAUCUAUUCAAUGAAGGAUUCAAUUUAUUGUUACUACAAAAACAUAAAACUUCAUGAAAAGUAAAAAAUAAUUUUUAUAAUUCAGACCGUGAUUUUGUGCUUUACUGAUAUAGGGAUAAAACGCAGCGAACGGGAUUUUAAUCCAAUGUAAAUGUGUGUUGCAUGUAUGAAUUAUUUCUGUCUAUGACAGAGUAAAACAAAAUAAAAUUAAUUAACUAUUGUC